ACCCGGAUGGAUACCAACUACCGGGAGUCCAUCAGCCCAGUUGAACGCCUGGCGAUUUGUCUCCGAUUCUUGGCGACAGUGGACUCCUACAGGACCAUAGGAUUCAGCUUCCGAGUUGGACGGUCCACGGUGGCAGGCAUUGUCCCCUCUGUGCCACAAGCCAUUUGGGACUGUUUGGUUGGUGAAUACAUGCCUGUCCCCAAGGAGGAAGACUGGAGGACCAUCGCUGCCGAGAACCUGGAGAGGUGGAAUUUCCCCAACUGUCUUGGCUCCAUUGACAGGAAACAUGUAGUAAUCCAGGCUCCACUGUGCUCAGGUUCACAAUUCUACAACUACAAGGGUAUAUAUUCAGUUGUACUCUUGGCUGUAGUAGAUGCUAUCUACUGUUUCCGUGUUGUUGGUGCUUACAGCAAGGGAAGUGAUGGCGGGACCCUCCGGGACUCUGCCUUCAGCCAGGCACUUCAGGAUGGCACCCUGGAGAUUCCACCACCUGCAUCACUCCCUGGGGCUGAAGACCCUGGACCUGUUCCCCACGUCUUCAUCGGCGAAGAGGCAUUUCCUUUAAGACCCAACCUCAUGAGGCCCUAUGCUGGAUGCCAGCUGCCAUUGCCAAAGCCUGUAAUAAUCUUUAACAAACGACUGUCCAGGGCAAGGUUAGUUGUUGAAUGCGCCUUUGGUAUUCUGUCAGCCCGGUGGAGAAUGCUUGGUCUCAGCCCCUCAAAUGUCGAUGCCUGCUUGAAGGCCACAUGUGUUUUCAAAAACUACCUGCGGAGGUCAUUCCAGGAGCCGCUCCGGAUGGAGAUGGGUGCGCCAAGUGGUCACCUACCUGAUGUCACCAGGGCAGGUGCCAACGACGCCCCCAGACAGGCACUCCAGGCGAGGGAGAAGCUGACCACCUACUUCUCAUCGCCAGCAGGUGAAUUCCCAUGGCAGUAUGCCGUGGAGUGAAACAGAUCUUUUAAGUGCCCCAUAAAAGGUUAUUUUAAGAACCAUC